AUGGCGGCCCUGACUGUGAGACAGGUUGGCCAGGUGGCACCACCCUUGAAGCAGAAGAUCGAGCAGUUCCAGCAGAUAGUCGACAACAAUGACCAAUCUGUGGCCAGAAUCCGAGAGCAGCUGCGUCGACUGGAGCCGCAAAGGGAGCGGCUCUCUGAUCAGGUGCAGCAGCGCCAGGAUGACAGGCGAAGCAUCCAUAGCCAGCUCGCUCGCUUGGAAGACUCUUUGGGCUCUUUCGGGGCGGAGAGCGUGCAGCUCGAGGCUGCUGCAGAAGAGAUGCCACGGCUCUUGGAGCGAAUAGCGGUGCCCGUGAAUCAGCCCGCCGGAGCUGCUGCACCAGUUGAUCCAGCGUUUCGCAGAUUGCCAACCGCUGCCAUCGAUGUCCCGCUGCCAUACUUUGACACACUGGCUGAGCAGCUAGAAACACGGACCAAGCAGGUGUACGAAAGAGUCAAUGCCGUUGAGAAGGCCUUGGCUACCUACAACCGUCAGGUGUCUGGCGUCCCAGUGACAUCUCAAAUUGAGGCAGACCGGUCGAGCGUAGCAUGUGAUUUGGAGAACGGAGACACUCGCACUUCUGUGAAGACUGCUGAGUGA